AUGUCUCUUACCUUCAAUAUAUUCAUAUAUUGUUACAUAGGAGAACUCGUUGCCGAAGGGUGUAGACAACUUGCUGAGAUAUCGUACAUGAUCGACUGGUAUCGGUUACUAGGGAAGAGGAAACUCAACAUCAUUUUGAUCACGCAAAUGUCUAAUUCGACGAUUAAACUGACUGCAGGGAACAUCGUGAUAUUGUCUUACAGCAAGUUCGGUGAUGUCGUUAAAAGUGCGUUCGCUUUUCUGAAUGUACUACGGACGGUCACUUGA